CAUUUCCGACCAAGUUACAUUUACUAUUUACUUUGGUUGUUACUAUUGCUAUUUCAUUUAAACAUUUACAAUUCUUAGAAUUAAUAAACACUAGAUUUAAUUGUUCCCUAGCGCCUUGUGGAUUCGAUCCCUAAGUACUACAUCUGAACCUCUUUUGAUGAGAGUAACACUCCUUAGGAUAAUUUGAGUGGUAUCAGGCCGCUUGGCUAAGAAACUGGUCCUACCAGCAAGACGCCGCCAGGACGUACAACAAGAAAGUUAUAACCAGGACCUUCCAGCAAGCGGGUUGGGUUCUAUGACGAGCUGAAAAAACAACGGGGAAACUACUGGAACGCCCUGCACCUCAAAGCCUAUUAUUACAGGCUUCUACAGGCUGCAAGAUAGCAAUGGUAAAAUACAACCCAAUUACUGGAACGCCCUGCACCUCAAAGCCUAUUAUUUUUAAUAUGGUCCCCGGACCAUGAUUUCUAUAAUACUGCUAUAAACUAUUUAAGCAUUAUGAUUUCCUACUCUUAUGUAUGCUAAACGUCUCCGGACAAAGCUUAUAAUAAAAUAGUUAUGACUAUAAAGGCAGAAAGGAAAUCAUUAUACUUAAAGGGGCAUACGAGCUGGAUCAGGUCUCCAGAGCCCUCCGAUCCUGGCCAAUACUUGCAAAAAGUGGUACGUCUACAAAAUCAAAACGGGUAUGAGACAUAAAGCAGGAAUGGGUAGGCGCAAGCCUGAGUAUGCUGUCGAAACUACCUAAAACCCUUGUGGAGCCUUAGGCGCAUCGGGGUUUCCAGAGUACCAAUGUGAAAAGUACUUGUAUUAAAACACUACGAGCUACACAAUACAGGGAACACAUGGUAUAUUUAUUGCAAAAGUACUGUGAAAUACAGGGAGCAAUCAAAAUCAUGCCUCUCCAGACGUGGAAAGCAGCGAAGCCUGGCACUUGGGUCAUAACACCCACACCAGCACUCUGUAAACCUGUCACUGACUUCCUACAGAAGUAAAAUACAACAUAGGAACUCGAUAGUGGCCAGCUUCCGUGCGGCAGAAUGCGAAAUCCAAACAGGUACCGGUAGUAGUCUUGCCUAGGAAGGCGGAGUACGGUCCCUGCAAAAGCAAAUAUUCCGGGUUCCCAAGGAACUCUGGGUCUUUAUGCAAGCCCCCAAUCUAAGGAGGAAACCCACGGUUCCCCAUACGAUUUCGGGUUCUACGGGUUCCCCUAUAGCCUCCGGGUUCCAAUCAAAGAUCUUAGGACCUAGGGAAGAACCCUCGGGUUCCUAUAUGGCCUCAGGGUUCCAAAGAAAAAUUCAAAAAUAAGCUAGAACCCCUGUGCAGCCUAAGGUGCAUCGGGGUCAUACAACUUCGAGAACCUCCGGGUUCGAAUUGAAGAUCUCUGGAUCGAACGAAGAAACCUUCGGGUCCCUAUACAACCUCAGAGGCCUAAAUACAAUUUUAGAAAGAGGAUAAAACUCAUGUGCAGCCUAGAAUGCAUCAGGGUCAUUCCAUCCCUAAGAACCUCCGGGUUCCCAUGCGACCUCGGGGUCUAAACACCAGGGUCACGAUACGAUCUCCAGAUAUAAGGGAAAAUCAUGUAUUCUCACACGACCUCAUGAUCCAAUCACGAUCUCGAAAACCACUGGGUUCCAACUACAAUCUCCGGACCUAUCAAAGAGUCUCUGGGUUCCUAAACCGCCUCCGGGUUCCUGUCAUGAUCCCAGGAUCUAGAGAAGGACCUCCGGGUCCCGAAUAAGACCUCGUGGUCUAGGAGAAUCUCCGGGUCCUGAACGCGAUUUCAUGAUCUAAGGGAGAACCUCCGGGCUCCUUUACAACCUCCGGGUCCCCAGACGACCUGAGGUUUCCUCCAAAGUCCAGAGCUUAAAGGAAAAGCUAGACGAACACUCAAAACAGCUGGGGCAAAGUGCUGCGAAGCUUACUCAGCUCGAAUCCGAAAACCUCGUUCUCCGAGACGAGAAUCAAGCCCUCAACACGGCAAGCAACAAGAAGUGCCACUUCCGCACACAUGUCCGAUCCAUGCCGAACCUGGACACACCCAACACCGCAGGAGGUACCGCUCGACUGCCUUCAGAUGAAGUUGGGGGGCAUCAGGAGAAAAAUCUGGAGAUACGCGCGUCCAUGAAACAAUAUCCAGCGACUCCGAGCCAGACUCCGAGAAGGAAACAUCUGAAGGAGCUGUGGCAUUGCAGUCCUCAUUGACCACCUACCUGGAGCAGAUGUUCUCCAAGAAGCUCGACGCCAUGCAAUCUAUGGUAGAAAGGCUCCCCGGGGUGGCACCUCCGAUUCGGAAACGUAAUCUCGGUUCUUACGCCGAUACUCCUUUCACAAACAACAUUGCCCUGAUCGAAAUGCCGAGAAAGUUCUCCUUCCCCAACAUAAAGAUGUAUGACGGCACCGAUAACCCAGACGACCACAUCGCUCAGUACAAACAAAGGAUGCUAGCUGUAGCACUCCCAAGGGAGUUCCGCGAGGCUACCAUGUGCAAAGGAUUCGGCUCAACUCUGAUCGGACCCGCAUUGCAAUGGUACUUCAACCUAUCCAUCGGUUCCAUGUCUUCAUUCGCGGCCCUCAGCGAUAAGUUCGCAGAGUAGUUUGCAAGUAGUCGGAGCCUGGAGAAACCCUCGGACAGCCUCUACGAAAUCCUCCAGCAUCGGGUCGAACCCCUUCGCGAUUAUAUAGCUCGCUUCAAUCAGGAAAAGAUAUUGAUCCCCGAAUGCAACAUCACUGCGGCAAUAUCAGCCUUCAAGAGAGGCUUGCUCCCAGACGGGGAUCUCUAUAAGGAACUCACCAAGUACAGGUGCAAGACUAUGGAAGAUGAAUUGUCUCAAGCAUGGGCCCAAGUGAAAUGGGAAGAGGAUGUCACAAGUGGCACCAAGGCUCAACAGAAACAAGAUCAGAAAGCAGCCAGGCAAGACCGAAACGAUAGACACGAGAGGUCCUCCCAGAAACCCACGAAAGACCAAGGAGGCAGGAACAUGGGCAGGUACAUGAGCCGUCCACUCGAGAGAGCAGAAGGGAUGUCGGUGUCUACCUGGCCAGAUAUCUCACACUUGUUUGUAUCCCAACCAGAGCUAAUCAACGCCCUAAGGCAGAUGAGUCAACAUGUUAAAUGGCCCCCGAAGAUGAGGGCAUCUGAUUCCUUCCGGAACCCUGAACUCUGGUGUGAGUUCCACCGUGACCAUGGUCACAAGACGGAGGACUGCAUCGCAUUAAAGAUCGAAGUCAACAAGCUCCUCCAAAAGGGGUAUCUCCGGGAAUUCCUCUCAGAAAAUGCGAAGAACCUCCUAAGCAAGGAGACACCCAGGAAAUCUGCUAACCAAGCCCGCGUCACCACCUCUCCAAGACUGAGUAAUCCAUGUCAUAUCCAGAGGUUCAGAGAUAAGCUGCAUAAGCCAUACAACUGCAAAGAAGAGCACUCAAAACACCAAACUUGGUCUGGAGACGUCUAAAUCAAAAUGACUACUCUUGGGAACAGACAAGAUAAGCGUCACGGCGAAGGAGCAAGAGAAGGUCGUGCCUCCCCCAUCAUGACACUCUAGUAGUAUCGCUUACUGUAGCAAACUGCUUGGUAAGGAGGAUCCUAGUAGAUAACGGAAGCUCCAGCAACAUCAUCUUCCAUACCGCCUAUCAGGACCUGGGGUUGGAUGAAGUGCCUUAACUAGAAAGACAACCCCACUCGUGGGAUUCAGCGGAGAUGUGAAGUAAACCGCCGGUGAAGUGGUCCUUCCAGUCUACGCUGAAGGAAUCAACAUGUCAGCUAAGUUCUUCCUACUCGACUGCCAAUCAUCCUACAGCAUGAUCUUCGGAAGACCAUGGAUCCUGAUAUGGGAGCUGUCCCCUCAACACUCCAUCAAAUGGUGAAGUUCCCUACUCCCUGCAUCAAGACCGUCAGAGGUGAUCAAGAAAAUUAUCGAUCCUGCUACCAGAC